AUGGCCCCACCUGAUAAUCGCCCCUGGGAUGUCCAGCCUAGCGAUGCCAAACAAGCGCUUGCAGCGGACAAAUAUGAAGAUUGCAUGUCUUGCAAAGUGAUGGGUACGUCUCUGCCUUAUGCUCUAGGAUAUGCCGAGAAAGGAAACUAUUACGCAUUGGACACAUUUUCUGAUACCACUUUGUUAGGCUCUGGUGCAUUCAUCGGCUUGGGCGUUUACAGUUACUAUACUGGGAUGAACAAUCUCCGGCAGCAGGAGAAAAUGAUCAUGCAGAGCGCUACUAAAUACAAGAUGGGCUCACGUCGACUGGGAAUAGCCACAAUAUCCGCUACCAUGAUUGGCGCAGGAGUCUGGCGCGCCUUCAACUGA